AUGUUUGAUGAAACUACGGAUAUUUCAUGCACCGAGCAACUUACUUUAGUAUUGAGGUAUGUGAUAAAUAAUGAAAUUCAUGAAGAUUUUGUGACAUUUUUGGAUGCUUACCAAUCUAUUAGACAAGAAGAUAAAUCAAAUUCCGGGGAGUCAAAGCUUACUGGACAUGCUCUUGGACAUAUUGUUAUUGAUGUUUUAACUAAAGAUUUUGGGAUUGAUUUAAAAUUAUGUGUUGGAAUUGGUACUGAUGGGUGUAGUGUGAUGAUAUCGCAAGAUUGUGGAGCGGUAACAGAAAUUUUAAAACAGUCAAAAAGACAUUUAGUGUUGAAAAAUAUCCUUGGCAAAACCUUAACUGGUUUGUGCCAGACCAGAUGGAUUGAGAUGCAUGAUGGUAUCUUGCAAUUUAAAUCAGCUCUCCCUAAGAUUGUUGAAGCACUAACUGAAGUAUCAAUAUGGUCAGAAAGAAUAUCGUCUAGCAAAGCUUCAAUUUUGUUGUCAGCCAUAAACAAUAGUGAGUUUAUUAUAUGUAUAUUAGCUAUGGUUGAUGUACUUAAACUAACAAUGCCAAUAUCACGACUUUUGCAAUCAACGUCAUUGGACUUAGCAAAUGCUUCUUCAUCAAUAGAUGGGGUAAAAGAAAUUUUAGAGGAAAAACGUAAAAAUUGUGUUUCUGAAUUUAAAACAAUUUUUUCAAAUGCAAGUGACUUAGCUACAGUUAUUGGAUUUGACUUAAGAAUGCCUAGAAUAGUUGGGAAACAAAUAAAUCGUAGCAAUUAUCAAGCAAAAGAUACUGAACAAUAUUAUUUGCGAAGUAUUUACAUACCACUAUUGGACACUGUGAAAACAGAUAUGACUUUGAGAUUAUCAACCAGUACUUUAGAAGCUUUCGAUUUACGUUUAUUAAUUCCUAAAACAAUUGUAGUGUUAACUGACAAAGAUUCCUGCGAGAAAAAAAAUAUAAUAAAAAGAAUUUUAAACGUAGCAACUAAAUUUUCUAAAUUAAAUGCAGAAGUUAAAUUGAUGACUCCUGAUUUAUUAGAAGGUGAAGUUAUGUUAUGGAUCCAUAAAUGGAAGAAAUGUACACCAGACCAACGACCGAUUACAGCAUUAGAUGCCUUAACAAAAUGUGAUAAUGAAAUAUUUCCUACUAUAAGAUUGUAUUUACAAAUAUUAGCAACACUCCCAGUCAGUGUUGCAUCGGCUGAGAGAAGUUUUUCGACUCUACGCAGAGUUAAAACUUGGCUUCGAUCAAGGAUGGACGAGGAUCGUUUAACAAGUUUAUGCUUGCUAAACGUACAUCAAAAUAUUAAUAUGUAUGAUAAAGUGGACGAUAUAAUAGAAUUAUUUGCAAAACAAAAAAAAAGAAGGCUGGAGUUUGUUGUAUAA